AUACCAGGUCUUGGACCGAAUACCAAGGUUCAACUGACCAACAACGAAAUUGUCAUUUUGUCUGAGGAGAGCUUCCGCCCGAUGUUGGACAUCCUCUCUACAGGAAAUGGAGUCCUCUAUCUAAACGUAUGCGGGAAGAAGGAAAGUCAAAUUCAACUAUCAGCAGGAGGAAACCCAUCUGAAAUCGGAGAAUGGCCAUGGCAGGCGGCCAUUUAUGACCUCACGAAGAAAGAUGUCAUUUGUGGAGGGGCUCUCAUUGACGAACGAUGGGUGUUGACAGCGGCCCAUUGUGUCGUUGUAUUCGGUUCCCUCAGUAGUCGAAACAAACAUGAAAUUUCGGUCCACCUAGGGAAACACCAUCGACUCAAUGUCAGGGACGAGUACCUGCAGAUCCGACAGGUAUCUCAUAUAAUCUUGCACAAGGACUUCAACGUACAUAAUGACUAUGACUCGGACAUAGCCCUAUUGAAAUUAGCGAAACCUGCCGUGCUGACUGCGCGAGUUCAGUUGGUAUGUCUCCCUAUCCGAUUUGGUUUAUCUGAGGUCAACCUCGACAGCGGAGGGAAUGGAUGGGUGGCCGGUUGGGGUUAUGACAGUUUGGAUAACGUCACAGCUGUCCUGACGGAGAUUCAACUACCAGUGAUAUCCAAUCCUAAAUGUGUUAUGGACACCGUUCAUUUCACGGGAGACCCCAGCAUCACUCGUACCAUCACCAUAAAUAUGUUCUGCGCUGGUUUUUCCGUGGAUACUCCUCUCGAAGGUAUG